AGAGAGGGAAAUUUAUCAAUCAAUCAUGUUUCCCCACCGUAUAUGUGACUAUGGCGGCAGAAGAUGACUAUAGAUGGGAAUCACCGUGGUUAGGAAUUUCUCUCGGCUGUCGAAUUACGCAAAACAAGCACUGUUUGUUAUAAGAAUAGCGUGCAUAAUAAAAAUAUCGUAUAUUAUUAUACAAAUUUUAUAAUAUUAACAUUACAUAUAUAUAAUGUACGAGCCAUUGGUUUUUAAAGAAAGAACAGUCCGUAGUCUUCGUGGAACACCUGCUGGUACAGUUACCAUAAUAGUAAACUUUUCAAAAAUUCUGAUCCCUUUUGGAAUUUUACUUUAUGCAGGCUACUGUCUUUCCAAGAAAAAGAAAUUUAUUGAUGAGCUUAAUGAAAUUGAUUUCGUUAAAACACAAAAACUUAUUGCUGAAGAACGGAUGGCAAAACAAUCUUGGCUAAGUUCAAACCUUCAGCCUAUUGCUUCAGAAGUUCUUCAUAGACAACGUCAAAAGGAAGCAGAAAAAGAAAACUCUUAAGUAUCAUCUCCAACAAUAUCUGAAACAAAUAUUUCAUUUAUCAUUUAAAGUAAUUGUAUACAUAAAGGUAAAGAUAAAAUGGAUAAAGAACCUUUAAAUAAUAAAAAUUCAUGUAAUAAAUUUGUUGAAACUGAAGAUGAUAGUAUAUUAGAUUUUAAAAGUCCAGAAUCAAAAGGUCAUAAAUCAAGAUUAAAUGAAUUGUAUGAUCAUAAUGUAAGAAAAAAGAUUACCAUUGUAAAAUUUAAGGGCUCUGCGAAAAAUCAUAAAGACACAAAAUUUAAACAACAUUCAGAGAAAGAGAAAAAGGGAAAUUUAAAACAGUCCCAGCCUUCGAUAGAAUCGUCAUUUUUUAAAUCUGAAAAUAGUUCCGACAAUAAAAGUGAUACUACUAAUGUGAAAGCAGCGCUUGUAUGUCCAUUAUGUUUUAAAAUAUUUAAAGAUCUUAACUCUCAAGCAUUACAUAUGAAAAUCUGUGCCUACAAAAAUAAUAUUUCUACAAAAAAAUUAUUAGAUGCUAUAGAACUCCAAAAACGUCAGGAAAAUGAAAGGAAAUCAUUAGGUUUACUUGCUGCACCUACAGUACAAGAAAAAAAGAAAGUAGUAUCACGUAAAGUAAAUGCACAUGAAGAUUCUGACCUUCAACUUGCAUUAGCAUUGUCAAAAUCUCUUCAAGAAGUAGAGGAAUUAAAUGAAAUUGAGGAAAUUGAGGGAUUCUCUAAGACCUCAGAGCAAUUUAUAUCAGGAACAGUUGAACCAAUUUAUGAGGAGCCCUUAGAAAGAUUUGGAUUUGCAAGUAGUAAACCUCCAUUGCUGGUAAAAAGUAAAAAAAGGAGAAUCAGUCAAACAACUCUUUUGCAAACAAGAUCUCAAGAAGAGCGAAAUCGUAUCUUAACAGAAAAAAUUUCAGAAAUUUUAAUGGAAGAUGAACUAGUUACUCAAAAUAAAAAAAUCAUAUAUAAUCCAGAAAUUGGGAAAGAAGUUACUUUAAAAAGCCAAUUGCUUAAAAAGCUUUUAUACAAGGAGAAGCAACUGUGGAAUAAAGCAAGUUUAUCAUCAAAUCAGGAGUGUUUUUAUGUGUCAAAUCUUUCUGAAUAUAUCAUUCCAGAAGAAAGCCAAGUAGAAAUGGAAAAUAAAACUACUUUACAAUUUGUAAAUACAUGCAACUUAGAGGAUACAAACUUAAAUCAAUCUAAAAUAAAUGUUUCUAACAAUAAAGAAAUGUUUGAUGAAUCAUCUCAUAGAGAAUUAUGUCUUAUAAAUGAAAAAUGUGAAAAAUGUCAAAAUAAACAAUUCGUUAAUACUUUAGUAAUGAAUUGGGGGAAUACAUUAAACGAUAGUUCUGCGAGUGAUUUAAUAAUAUUUGUUAAUAGCAACAAACAUAUUUGGGCACAUAAAUUAGUUUUCUACGUACACUGUUCAAAUAUCCUACUUGAUAUUACACCUAAUAAUUCUUCAUUGUUUCCUGAAAUUAAAGAACAAAUUAGCUGGGUAGAUGUACCUUAUAACAUUGCUUUAGCAUUUUUGGAAUUUAUUUACUGUGGAAUUAUUCAAAAGUAUUUUAAUGUUUUUGAAGAGUUGAUAAGUUUCUCAUCUUUGAGAAAUUUAGCAAGAAAGUAUAAAGUAAAACAAUUGUUUGAUUAUUUAGAAAUAAAAGAAACUGAAAGUAAACAAGUAAAAAAUCAAAUACACAAUGAAAAUAACAUUGAAUGUGAAAAACAAACUACUGGUGAAGAAAAUAAUUUAAACUUAAGUAAUAGUAGUCUAGAAAAUUUAAUCUCCGAUACAAAUCAGGAAUUUACAUCACACGAAUUAAAGGAGAAUAUACAUCCAGAAAAAUUAUCUCAAAAUGUUUAUUUAAAUAAUGUAAAUACUAGCAGGUAUUGUAGUAUGUCUCCUGAUAUGUUUGACGAUAUUAAUGAUACAAUAUCACGGAAUAAAAUAAAGCGUAGUGAUGAUAUUAUGGACAUUGAUGACCCAAAAAACAGUCAAGAAUUUAAUACGUUUAAUUCCGUUGAUGAAAUAAGAGUCAGUAAGGCUGAUUCUACCAUCUGUUCUAAGAACAUUGAAGAAACCAUAAAUUCAGUUUCCAAUUCACCACAUUGGAGUCAGUUAAAAAGAAAAACUCUUAAAAGUAAUCUUAGUUUAUUUAUUGAACAAUUUCGAAAAGAAAAUGCAAACUCAGAUGUUGAUUCUGAUUCUGAAACUUCAAAUUUAUUAAUUAAUCCUAAACCAGAUAGAAAUCCGUUUAAUGUAAGAAAUAAUGACAGUACUAUUCAGUGUACAGUAUUUUGUGGAAACACUGUUUUUGAAGAAACAGGAAAAAAAAGACGAAAUGUUUUGAACAUAUUUGACAAUUAUAUAAGCCCGAAAUUAAAUACAAUCAUGAUGCAUAACAAAAGUAAUGCUAGUAUAUGUUCUGAUUUUGAAUCCACACAAUCCGUAGAAUGCAAUGUAGAAAAUUGUACAGAGAAAAAUGCAAAGAAUAACUUAGUGAUUAAAAAUAUUAAUAGUGAAGAAAUAGACAUUCAAAGUGAAGUACAUAACACAAGUAUAGAAGCAUCCUCCAUAUCAAAAUUUAAUGAAAGCCGAGAUAGCAUUCUUUUGGAUGUUGAUACGAAUGAAGAUGAAAUGUCUAUGUAUUCAAAAUAUAAAGAAGAACAUGGAAAUAAUAGCAUACUAAAAUAUCGAGAUUAUAUAAAAAAGUACGUAUUAGAAAAAACAAAUAAUAGGGAUAAUGAUACUGCUUUACUUUCAAACAUAAAUGGGAAUUCUGAAAUUAAAAUAAAUCCAGUAAAAGAAUAUGAAAGUCAAACUGAAAAAACACAACUGAAUUCUAGUUUUGAUGAUGAAGAUAGAAAUGACUGUUCUGUCAAUGUUACAUCACCAAUAAGUAGUAGAAAAAGUCAAAGAACUAGUAACUUAAGUAAACUAAGAAAUAGUGAAUCAGAAAAUAAUAUAGAUAUGGAAGUAAUAAGAAAAAAUUUGCUGAUAUCGUCAAAACAGCCAAAUACUAACAACAAUCCUUUGAUGUCUCCUAUAUCAAUAUCUUCUAGCCCAGGAUUAGAUUUUGAUGUUUCAAAUUUGUAUAAAUGUCAAGAAAAUAAAGACAUUUCAAAUUCCGAGAAAUCUACUAAUAAUGAUAAUUUUGAAAAUGAUAUUCAUUUGGUAAGUGUUCAUGUUAAUGAUGAUGAUGAUAAUAGCAUAAGCAUUUCUUUACCUAAUAUUAAAGAAAUAAAUCAGUUAAAUAAACGCGAUUCUCUUCAAAGUUGCAAUAUAAAUAAAGAAAUUUCAUCUGUUACAAGUAAUGACAAUAUUGAACUGACUACAUCUAAUGAAAAAUCUUCAAUCAAAAAACAAAAUAAUAGAAAAUUUCAGAGAAAGUCUGUUUCUGAAACAAAUAUAAAUAUUAAUAAAAAAAGGGUUGUAAAUAAUAAUAGUUCGAAGAAAUCUCAAUGUAAAUGUCAAAGCCAAAUUUUAAGAACAGUUAAGUCACCUGUAAUUAUUAGAGAUAAUGUUACUCCUCCUCCAGAUUAUGGCAACAUGAAGACACCAGAAUUGCAUGCGCAAUUAGACAAGUAUGGAUUAAAAAUCCAAAAACGGGAAAGAGCGGUGAAAUUAUUAACAUAUAUUUAUAAUGAGUUACAUCCUAUAAUUAAUUCAGUCUCGAAUAUAGAAUCUGAAUUUACAACUAUAAGUAGUGAAGAUGAAGAACCACCAGCGAAAAGAAUGAGUUAUGAUAAAAAUUAUAUUAAUUGCAUUAACGAUAAUGAAUGCGAAGCACCACUAUCACAGGACAGUAUUACAAAUAACCAUUCACCGAUUACUAUUAUUGAUGAAGAAAAACAAUUUGAUGAACUUGAAUCUAUGACUUCAGUCGAUAAUACAAAAAAUAUUAAAAACAUACUUUUGCAAUUAAUUAAUACUGAUAAAGAACUACAUAAUAAAAUUUUGGCUUACGAACCAUUGUGUAUAGAAUCUUUACAUUCUUUAUUGAAAGCAGAAGGUUUCAAAUGUAAAGUAAAUACUGUCAUGGAUUUCUUGGAUGAGCAGUGUAUCACGUUUUAUUUUAAAGAAACAAAACACAUUAAAAAAAGCUGAUUUCCAUAUGCAUGUGAAAAGUGACGUUAAUAUAUUGUUAAAAUUAAUAAAUUUAGGAAAAAAGAAAUA